GUGUGUUUCUGGUGAAUGAUUCUGUUUUCUGUAAUCUGUUAAGUUCAUUCAUUUUUCAUGGACCAAAUGAAUGAUGAAUUUAAUGUCACAUAUCUAACCUUCAGUGGACAUGUGGAACUGCACAGAUUCAGAUUUCUGUAUUUUCUGGUCAUGUUUAUUGUGUAUGUUCUAAUACUCUGCAGUAAUUCCAUUAUCUUGUGCAUCAUCUGGAUUCAUAAAAGCCUCCAUGAGCCCAUGUACAUUUUCAUUGCAGCUUUGUUACUAAACUCCAUUCUUUUCAGCACCAAUAUCUACCCAAAGCUUUUGAUCGACUUUCUAUCUGACAAGCAGGUCAUAACUCAUUCACAUUGUGUCUUUCAGUUUUUUGCCUAUUAUUCUCUAGGUGCAUCUGAGUUCUUACUGUUGUCAGCCAUGGCCUAUGACAGGUAUGUGUCUAUAUGUAAACCUCUGCAAUAUCCAGUUAUCAUGAGAAAAUCAACUGUCAGUGUUUUGCUGCUUUUAGCUUGGCUUCUGCCUGCUCUUCAGGUUAUGGCAUCGGCUGCAAUCAUAAAAAAUGUACAAAUCUGUAGAUUCACGUUGACAGGAAUUUUUUGUAAUAACUCAAUUUACAACCUUUUUUGUGUGAUCCCAAGAACUCUGUCAAUAAAUGGUGUGUCUAUUCUGCUUAACACAGCACUUCUCCCCAUGCUUUUUAUACUGUUUACAUACGCAAAGAUCCUUAUAAUAUCCUACCAAAGCAGCAGAGAUGUCAGGAAAAAAGCUGCACAGACCUGUUUACCUCACCUGCUAGUUUUAAUGAGCACAUCAUAUUUGUCCUCUUAUGAUAUCAUUAAAGCUCGGCUGCAAGUUUAUUUCCCCAGAUCUGCACAUUUGAUCAUGACUUUGCAAAUUGUAAUCUAUCAUCCUCUGUUUAAUCCAAUCAUAUAUGGCAUAAAAAUGAAAGAAAUCUCUAAACACCUAAAGAAGCUGUUGUGUGAAGGCAAACUGAACUAAUUUGUUGAAACUGAAGUAAAUUCAAACAACAAAUUUCUCUGUAAAACAAAAAAAAAAUUUUUUAGAUCUACAACUAUUCAAAAUGAUAGACUAUCAUUAGCCUUCAUCUAACUAGAAUUUCAACUCCAAAUCCCUGUUGCUUGUUUCAACUGAUGGUACAUCAAUCAUGUAAUAUUGCACCGUGAUACUCAGGAUGGAAUUGGGCUGUUUGGGUCUCAGUCUCGACACAGUCAUUCUUUAUUGUCAUGUGUUUUCAACAAUGUUUUUUUUUUCAGCAAUUCUCAGUUUUACUAUUUCAUUCAUCAUCCUUUGGGCCUAUCAGCUCCAGUCUAACUGCAGCUGCAGCGUGUAUACACUUGUGCAUGUUGAAUGUUUCAGCAGGUUUCCUUUCAGGUUCACUAAAAGAGAUAUCAGUGUAUUAACAGCUGUAUGACUGUGUACUUUAACAGAAACAGUCCAGAGUAUGUCAUUGAUUUUCAUGUACAUCUAUUUACAUUUUAAAACUGCAUUAUUUUCAGAUGGUGUGAUUGUUUUUGGUUUAUGUUUGUAAUGUUCAGAGAGAAUGCAAUGAAUCUGUAAAAAUUUGGAACAACUGAGAGAUUUUUUUGUCUUCAAGCAACAUUUUUUUUAAAUGAAAACAUGAAAGAUAAAUAUGCCAAUAAAAACUCUGUUUUUAUCACGUAAGAUUUAACUGAAGAGUUGUCAGCACUACAGGCAUAUCAUGAAAGACAGAAAUGUUUUAUUGCUGUCAGUAUCAUACUGACACAGUUUUCUUUUUUAUUUACAUUGCAAAACCCCAAAUUACUAGAAAGUGUCCAUUUAAAAAAUAUAAAUACAGGAAAAAGUCUGAGUAAUGAGCUGCCAGCACAUUUUUUGUUAUUAUAUGAAUUAAUUUAAUAUGUGCAGUCUUUAUACUGUGUACAGUAUAUACAAUUAAAUAACAGAGUCUUGUAUUUCCACUCGGUGCAGCAAUA